AUGGAGAAAACUGAUAUUGUUAAACCCAUUACAACAACCUCGACCGGACCAAACUACAAUCUCUGGGUCCAAGGAAUGAAGAAUUGGGAUAGUAAAAAUCAUCAGAUCAUCACGUGGCUGCGCAACACGUCUGUACCGUCUAUUCACAUUCAGUUUAAUGACUACGAUUCUGCAAAAGAAAUUUGGGAAUUAUUGAAAAACCAUUAUCAAACAACUGGACUUGUUCAUUAUUAUCAGUUAUGGACCACACUUCACAAUACCAAGCAAGAACCUGGUCAAUCAGUGAAUGAAUUUCUUGCUCAAAUCCAACCAAUUUGGCACCAAAUAUCUCUGGCCAAAAUCAAUGAAGACCACCUUCAUCUCAUUCAAGUACUUAUGGCUCUUCGGCCCGAAUAUGAAGUCGUAGGUACCUCACUGCUACAUCGAAAUCCGCUUCCAUCAUUGGACACUGCUAUUCAAGAAAUCAUUUUUGAAGAAACACGUCUGAACCUAGACAAAACUCCUGAAAUAGAUGCUGCUCUUGCAACUACUCGAUUCUCACAUCAGAAAUCGAAUCAUCAUCCAUGUAAGAAUUGCAAUCGCACCGGUCAUAUAUUUGCUAACUGUCCUACUAUAGAGUGUAGGUACUACCAUGGCAUCGGUCACAUUCUUGAACAUUGUCCCACGGGACCUCCAAAACAAAAUCGUGGCUUCACCAAAUCCAAGAAUGUUCCAACGUCUGGAUCUUCCUCCAUCUCUGCUGCUGCCACUGAAGGUUCGACGACCAUUACUAUGAGUGAUAUUGAAGCUUUAAUCAAACAGGAUCCACAAAUGAAGCAGAUCAUUGGGACGGGUCGCAGGAUGGGUCGGUUAUUUGAGUUACAAUCUCUUCACCUUCCUAAAGAUCAUAUCUCUACUGCUACUAUGAAUUCUCCAAUUCAUCAAUGGCAUCUUCGACUUGGUCACACCUCAACAAGCAAAAUUCAACCUCUAAUAUCUCGUGGGUUAUUAGGAUCCACAAAGUUUGAACCAGCUGAGGUCUAUUGUUAUAGAUGUGGUCGGGCUGGACAUCGUGUCCAUGAGUGUACCAGUGCUGAGAUGAAGUGUUUCAAGUGUGGAAAAGGUGGUCAUUUGGCUGCAGAGUGUCGGUUGAAGACUGUAACUUGUUUCAACUGUGGAGAGUUGGGUCAUAUCAGUCCACAGUGUCCUAAGCCGAAGAAAGAGAAUCAGUCAGGAGGCAAGGUCUUUGCUUUAUCGGGUUCUGAGACUUCUGCAGAUGAUCGUUUGAUCCGAGGUACGUGUUAUAUUAAUGGCUUUCCUCUUGUAGCUAUUAUUGACACCGGUGCUACUCAUUCCUUUAUAUCUUUGGAUUGUGCUGUGAAACUUAAGUUAGAGAUAUCUGAGAUGUAUGGUAGUAUGGUGAUUGAUACUCCUGCAAAGGGUUCAGUGACUACUACUUCAGUUUGCUUGAGUUGUCCUUUGAGUAUUUUUGGUAGAGACUUUGGGAUAGACCUUGUGUGUCUUCCACUAGUGCAGAUUGAUGUUAUCUUGGGAAUGAACUGGUUGGUGUUUAACCGAGUUUCUAUCAACUGUUUUGAUAAGACUGUGAUAUUUCCUGAGAUUGAAGAAGGAAAGAGUUCGUUUCUAUCAGCCAAGCAGCAUUUCAGAUUGAAAUUGGAUGUUCAAAUGGAGGGAAUGAAGCCUCUAUUUAUAGAGAAAUUGGCAAGGAAAGGGUGGAAUGAUCUGUGUGCAUAA